AUGCGCAAAGUCAAAAUCGGGCCAGCAUGUCGCCGGCCGAUAGUGGCUUGGAAAAAUAAUCAAUGUACUGCGGAGAACGCCCUUACCCAGCAUGAACCACGCAGACUCGUCAUUGUCGAUUCAUUGUCUCGACGGCGGACUGUUGUGUGGGACACAGUGCCGGAGCGAGACGUGCAAUCUGAAAUUCAUGUGUUUAUCGAGCAGAGGCGUGGUAUCACACCAUCUCCUCCCUUACCAAAGAACCCUUCGAAGCGAAUUCGGACGCUAACAUUCAAUCACUCAUUACCAAAAGAACCGAUGGAUUACGGGGAGUUCAUUGAGGAUUGGCGUCACCGAGGCGUCAUCGGCGAAGGUGGUGAUAGUAAGGUGCAUCAAUUUCAGCAAUGGAAACACAAAGAUGUGUACCUAGCGGUGAAGGUGCCUCAGUCCCUUUCAGUACAUCGUGAUCUAAGGCAGGAAAUUAUCAACAUGUGUCGUAUUGGAGAUCACGAUGUCCUUCAUACUCGUUAUGUCCAUAACGACCUCAAGCUGCACAACAUCCUAGCAUUCAUGCCGAGAGAACACCUUGAGCCUAUGAUACUGCCUGAGGAACCUAUCUUCAAGCUAUCGGAUUUCGCGCGUCUCACUCCCUCACCAACACCUAUUGGCCGGCGUGCAAGAGGUUUCGAUGGUAUGUAUGAGUAUGCACCGCCCGCAAAAGAACGGGUUACUCCUCCCAUCCUGCCUUCAGCAAAUAUCUGGGGCCUCGGUACUACACCGCAGUAUAUGGCAUUAGGUAUGACUCCUAUACAGACGCGCAAGGCUUUCAUUUGGAGCCGGGAAGGUACAGCCCAGCCGCAUCCCAAUCUUCACGAUAACGACGCUUGGGAGUCGGACUAUUGGCUAGAACGAGUUCCGACGGUUUUUAGACCUAUCAAUCUGCCUCAUGACAUUCCACAUUGUCAGCCUUUUAGUGCCCGCUUGGGUUUCUGGUACGCCCAGCCUUGCAAGCCAGUUGGAACUCGUAACAAGGGUCGUCCUACGGCUUCACGACUGGUUCGUGAAGUGGUGCCGAAUAUAGAAAAUCAGAUCGAGUGCUUGAAGAUCAAGCGUAAUAAAGAGAUGCAGCGUAUCAAGGACGUACAGCACAAGGAGGCCGUCGCUACGGGGAAGGCUGAGCUCGAAUGA